AAAUGUGUGCGCUCCACCUGAGAGCUGUUUUUGCUUAAGCGAUUCCAGUUCGUUGCUGGAGAUGCAGGUGAAUUCACUGUUCUUAUUGAGUAGUGACAAAACACUUCCUUUUACUUCUUCACAUCGCCGUAACAUGGCGUUCUUCAAUAUCUUGUGUAUAGUGCUGCUCUCGUUUGCAGGUGUUUCACGUGCACAUCAGUCUAUCAACAAUUCAGAAAGUCGUUUGAUGUCGCAUAUUUUAAAGGGCUACAAUCCAGAAUUACGACCUGUGAAAAAUUCUUCCACGCCAGUGAAUGUAAAAAUUGGUCUCAUGGUUAAGCAAAUCAUUAGUGUGGAUUUCAGYCAUCAAAUUUUGACACUUCACGUAUGGAUACGAAUGUUUUGGAAAGAUGAGUUCAUCACUUGGAAACCUGAAGAUUAUGAUGGUUUAGACUCGAUCACUGUUGAUUCUAAAAAUCUCUGGGUCCCAGAUAUUGCUCUAUACAAUAGUGCAUCAACCAAGCCUGGUCAAAUCAACUUCGAAAUGCUGUACCGAAUAAUUGUCGGGCAUACCGGAGACGUUAAGUGGAGUUCACCAGCAAUAAUUUCCUCUGAGUGCAAAAUUAACGUCAAGCAUUUUCCCUUUGAUGAGCAACAGUGCCUUCUGGAAUUUGGUUCGUGGGUAUUUCAUGGUGGCAAGCUCGAUGUUUUCCUACAUUUACAACAUGUUGAUAAGGAAAGCUAUUCAGAGAACGAGGAAUGGCUGUUUUAUGAUAGCAAAGCUGAGCGUCGUGUCACCAAGUACAACUGUUGUCCAGAACCUUACCCAACUGUUGUAUUCACUGUGAUGCUAAAGAGACGAGCAAUGUAUUAUAUGUUGAACUUGAUUAUUCCAUGUGGGCUUAUCACAAUCGUUUCACUUUUUUCCUUCAUUUUGCCACCCAACUCAGGAGAACGAGUGUCACUUGUCAUCACAAUCCUCUUAGCCCUGUCAGUGUAUAUGAUGAUAGUCACUGAGAGCAUGCCGCACUCAGCUGUGACUCCACUGGCUUCCAAAUUCUUCCUGUUCGUCAUGGUGCAGCAAGGCCUUUCGCUCGUUGCAACCUGCUUCAUCAUAAGGUUCCAUAAUAAUGACACACCACUUCCAAAGUGGUUUGAUGUUCUUGUAAACAAAUGGAUGGCACGAUUACUAUGGAUGUACGAAGAAAAGAAAUCCAUUUCUGAACCAGAAAAAGACGAUCUUUUCAUACAAAGAUCUGUGUUUGUCAACAAAGGUUCAAUUUGUGACGAUGACAAUGGUUUUCAACUCAAGCAAGGAAUUAACAAACCAAAGGAGAAGAGUGACAACAAAGAGAACUUGCAAACUGAUAACGGUAAACUGAAGCAAAAUUUUGAUAAGCUAUUUGGUGAGGUUAAAGUUCUUUCUGACAAGAUUCGCAAAAUGAGUGCAAAAGAGAAGCUUCAAAACGAUUGGAUGUUUGCUACGACUGUGUUGGACAGAUUUUUUCUCAGUGCUUUGAUUAUAAGCAUUUGCAUCGCCUUCUUAUCGAUCUUUUUAGCUGUGCCAGAAAGUGCCAUCUUAAAGUAAUUAAGAUGGUUUUUAAAGUAAUUAAGAUGGUGGAAUAUAGAAUACCCAAAUUAAGUCUUGUCCCUUGUAGAACCAGAUAAAAUAUGCAAAACCUAUGUAAAUGCAAUGUACUGAAGCUUUGUAAAAUAUAUAUAUAACUAUACAUAUACAUUUAUGCAAAUACUAUGUAUUUGGUAUAGUAAAUGCUAUGUAUAGUAAACACAGAGCAUUGGAGAAUUCGAAACUUGAUUAUUCUCGGUCUCGUAUCGAAUAUAACUUUGAAACUCAUUGACGGUUUGAAAACGUGGAAUAUUUUUCAAGGAAAAUGUCUCAUGGCGAGACUUGUUCGAUGUGUUUAACACACGCAAUAGUAURUUAGUACUGUUUACCGGCAUCGAAUUCAAACCACAAUAUUUUUUGAAUAUAUUAAUUACGAAUGGAAACCUCGAGAUCCUUUGCAGGCUCAAGACUGUGGAAUGUGUCGUGGUGACGACAACG